CCGCCAACACCGCGAAAGCAGCAUCCCGGCGUGGCGUUAGCGAGACCGCGCGGAGGGGAGAGGACGAGAGGCGGUGGCGGCGGAGUAGAUGGCCGGCGGUGGCGCCGCCGCGUCGGCGCUCUCCAGCCCCUGGAGGUCGCUGCUCCAGCGCGCGUUGGACGGCAAUGCCCACCUGAAGCACUCCACCUUUUUCCAACUCGCCACGGUGGGCGGCGGCGGCGGCAGGCCGGCGAAUCGCACCGUCGUAUUCAGGGGGUUCCAGGAGCAAUCCGAUAAGAUUCAGAUCAAUACGGAUGCACGAAGCAAUAAGAUUGGUGAGAUCAGGAAUUGCCCCUUUGGUGAGAUAUGUUGGUAUUUCACUGACACCUGGGAACAAUUCCGAAUCAGUGGAUUCAUAGAUGUGAUUGAUGGCUCAAGCCCAGACCCUGUUAAGCUACAGCUAAGAGAGAGAGCUUGGUUUGGAAGCUCAGUAAAGUCGAGAUUACAGUACUUAGGACCAUGCCCAGGUCUUCCUAUUCCGAAUGAUGAUCUCGUUAAGGAUGUUCAUAUUGAUCCAUCAGCUGGCCCAGUAGAUGCCUUUUGUCUUCUGGUUCUUGAUCCAGAAAAGCCUUCCUUGUGCAUGGACAAGACACCAUCAGAUGCAUAUUGCCGUUGAUGUGGUAGUUAUGGGAUUGAACAGAAGGUACAGCUACGAGCCAUAAAUCAGCAUAAGCGUGAGGCGUUGAAGGGUGUCCUUCACCGUUACAUUGAUGAGUAGAGCUGGAGGAUGCUCGUCUGCUGGAGAUCGGCUCUGACCAGGCCAUGAAUGCAGCGUUCAAAAGUUAGUUGUUGUCACCAUCCAUGUACUCCUAUGAGAAAAACACAUCACAUGAUCUAUUUGCUGCGGAAAGCAAUACAUUGACCGAUACGUCUUCAAGUCGUGGUUCCAGUGAGCACUGGCUAGUGGUGUGCACUGCCCGGCUGAUGGUUAUGAACAGUUCUGCUCCUGCUACAAGAGAAAAAGUUAUCAAUCCCAUUAUCUUAUUGCAGACAGAAAAGCAUAGGGGAACUGUUCUCUGUUCUGUGCAUCUUCUGAUUGAGCCGAGCACCCAGCUGCAAGUUUCUCCGCUGGUUGUACUCUGGUCUUGAUAAUGGAGCAUAUCGUUUCUUGUUCUUGGCAGUGAAUUAUUGUUUCAUCAAACAGAGACUGGGCUGCAACAUCUUCUUCCAAUCAUCUUAGAGCAGCAUGUGGCAUUUCGCUCCUUUCUUGAAUCUCCUUUGCAGCUGCACUGAUCGCAGAGCAGGGUCAAAUGUGGCUGUUUAAUUGGGUCUCCAGCUUUUCAUUCAAAGUCUUCAAGGUAGCAGCAGCCUUCUCUUUCUCUAGUAGAGUCCAGAAUUAGCAUUUCGGCUGUGCCGAAUUGAGGUCUCAUCCUGACGCUUUGCAGCGCACACAAAGAUCACCUUUUUCAACUUUUGCUGGUAAAAAGGGUGGCUACUUGAGGUCAACCCUCAGGCUGGGCCUCCUCAAGUUGCUAAUGGCAGGUCCAUUUCAAACGCAGAGAAGGCCUUAUGCUGGCUGGAUACAUCUUUUGGCAAUCAUUUUUAUUGGCCACCUUCCUCCUACUGGGCCUUUGUUGCUGGUCUAAAGGCCUGGAAGAUGUGGGCCCACCUCACUCAACUGGUUAGCACUACACAAGUAUGGUUACAUGUCACGGUCUUCUCUCUUUUUGCUGAAUGCAUCAUUAAAGUGGUAUGUAUCGACGAGCUUGUUUGAUGUUUACUUUUAGUACUAGAACCUAUAAACAGCACUCAACAUUUUUAAGUAAAUACUCUCAUGUGUUUUCAUUAUCGCCUAAAAAGAGAAGCUGACCAUCUUUG